AUGGAUGAAACGGGACUUUUCUUCAAUCUUCUACCAGAUAGAACGCUGAGAGUCAAAGGGGAAAAAUGCCGCGGAGGAACUCGCAGCAAGCAGAGGCUAACUGUCGUACUUACAUGUAAUUCGGAUGGCAGCCACAAACUUAAACCAUGGGUGAUUGGUAAAUCAGAAAAACCUCAUUGCUUCAGUAGAAAUCGUGUUGAUGUAAACUUGUUGCCUUGCAAGUAUACAUUCCACGAAAAUUCGUGGGUUGAUUCGAAACCAUUCCGCACCUGGAUUACGGAAUUCAACAAGGAAAUGGCUAAAAAAAAUCGACAUGUGUUGCUUACAAUGGAUAAUUUUUCCGGACACAAUAUCAAAGAACUGAACUUCUCCAAAUUCAAAGUCAAUUCUUUCCUGCAAAUUAUACAAGUCGACUCAAACCGUUGGACCAAGGAAUCAUCAAAAUCUUCAAGCCGUGUUAUCCGAACAAUGCAAAAAAUGAUCAUUUUCGCACUCGCUUAG